AUGUACUCCCUGGUUUCUCAACCUAGACUGCUGCCCAUAGUUUCGGGGAACCUAUCGGAAGAUCAAACCUUCCUCUUCCAUCACUUCUUCUACACACUCUCGCGUCUCAUCGUCAGCGCCAGUGACGAUUCCAUCAACGUCUACCGUAAUGUCAUCAUCCCAAUGGCCUUCUCAUGUCCAGAUGUUCUUGACUCGUUACUUUUGCUAGCUGCCACCCAUCUUUCUUCUCGCUACGACAAGUUCACCCGUCACAACGCCGUCUAUAAGGGCCGCGUCCUCAGAGCCUUGAUUCGCCGGCUCGAAACGGACAAGGAUCUUAGUGAUAUCAGCACCCUAACCACCAUUAUUAUGCUCAGCAUCAACGAGGUGUUCGAGGCCAACAGUCCCAGUGACUGGGUCAAACACCUAGUUGCCGCCGGCAAAAUAGUAACGCCCUACUUGUCCCAUUGUCGGAGCUCAGACAAGGACAUGAGGAUGAUUCUUGACAUCUUUACAUACCAUAACGUUCUGGCCCUGAUAUCCACUGGUCAGCCAUCACUAUUUACAGACAUUUACUACCAAGACAGCAGAUGGGCCUCUCUAACAGGCCAGCGAACUGCUUUCCUAGCAUCUGUUGAUGCUCUUCUCUCUAUUGCAGCUCAGAUAUCUUGUCUUAUCGCAGACCGCACGAAUUUGGUGGCAAAUCAACCACAUACUGCGAGCCAGCUUCGUCACAAGCUGGAAUUAUGGUCACCACCCGACGCCAUACCUGACGACUUUCGCAAUACUGGAGAGGCAAUGCGUCAUGCUGCGCUGCUGAUGUUGCAAAAGUCUAAUCAAUCACUCGGCAUUGACUUUGUCUCCUGCAGCAGGGCGGUCAUUAGUCACCUCCGUCUUGUCCCAAUCGAGAGCUCCACAGUUGCAAGUCAUCUAUGGCCUCUGUUUAUGGCUGGAUCUUGCCUGACUGAUGGCGGUGCGUCAGCCUGUCAGAGGGACAGAUAUUUUGUGAGAGAGAGACUUGUACUGAUGGAGGCUCGGCGGGGAUUUAGAACCGUAGAGGUGGUCAAGGCCCGGCUGGAGAGAAUGUGGUGCUCCUCAGAUAUGGAGAUUCCUUUCGUGGAAGAAGGACCAAUGAUCUUAUACUGA